UCACACACAAAAAAACAAACAGCAAGCAACUCAGCCCAACAUCUCACACUCAGCAGUUCAAAGCACGUUAGAUCUACACGUAUAUUUUGAGGUGAGUGUCUCUUUCUCUGGACGUUUAAGGCGCGUCUUUCUCCUUGACUGUGCUUCUGAGACUUCAACGCUGCACUGAAUCGUUUCUCAUCACUUUUUAAGACCCUUCAUGUCUGUAAAUGAAUGACAGAAGCUGCCCAGAAACGAAACUAUAACACUUUCGGUUUAGAGUCUCUCCCGAAACUAAUGUGCACAGAGCGUUUCGUUUCUAACCUAACCCUAACCAACCAAGACGUUCACUUGUAUUUUAAUAAUAUAAAUUAGAAGACCUAAAUUCUGUAAAUAUCUAUAACUAUUUAAAAUGUGCAAAAGGUUUCAUGUAACCGUUUGAGCAUCGGUUCGCAGCUCAGCGCCCUUAUUCUAUUAUUUGUUCAUAUGCACAGUGCUGUUUACGUUUAGAGCACCAAAUAAUAUUGAAUAUGAGGAAACACACUUGCCUGGUCCGGAUAUGAGCUCUCCGUGUUGUUAAAGUCAUCGCGGCGCUCCGCGCAGUCACCGCUCUCCACGUGUCGCCACGUUAAGUGAUGUUUUAAACUAAUUGCUCACAGAUCAUUUGAUAAACUCGGCUGGUUUAUCUUUACUGGUUAUACUGUGAUCCAAUCGGAACAAGAGAAGUUUCCUAUACAAGUCCUAUCUCUCGAUUCAGCAUCCCUCCAUCAUCCCCGGACACGCGCUUUCCUUUAUUCUGCUGAAUUAUAGGGCUGAAUAUUUAUCACCGGUAGUCUACAACCUGCUCGGAGCAGACCUCGCAAAUAAAACGCGUGGUGCAGAAAACAAGGUUCAUGCAUGCAGCUGGUGCACGACAGCCAUGAGUGCAGGCUUGUUCCAGCGGUCAGUGAGAAUAAAGCUCUGAAAGGACAUCGGGAACGUGUACCUGCACACCGGCACACUUCCCCAACGUUCCCUGUCUAACCCUGAACCUCACCUCAACUGAAGAUAACGGGCUCUAAAAUGAGUCUCUGUGAGGAGAGAGAGGAUGAUGGUAUUCACUAUCAAAAUAAGAGAACAGACACUACAGAACUCAGCUGUGUGUCGGUUAAAAGUGAUGCAUCCAUGAUACAACCUCCUAAAUUCAGUGAUGGGCCAAUGAUCUUUAACCACAGGGAUGAUCAGACUGAAGACCUGCAACAAUAUUCUGAAUCAGACGAUCAUGAACUACAGAGUUACAAAGACCAACACAAAACCAAUAUGAAGAACAAGUAUGAGAGGUUAUCUGAGGGAAUCAACCUACACGAGACUCAAGCCCUCCUGAACAGGAUCUACACAUUGCUCUACAUCGUAGAGGGAGAGAGUGAAGGAGUGAAUGAAGAACAUGAAGUUUUACAGAUGGAGAAAACCAACAAAACACAAGACUCACAAAACACACCAAUCUACUGCAAUGAUAUCUUUAAAACAUCAUAUAAUCCUGGAUAUAAGGAGAAAGACCAGAUCAAGACUGUUCUUACUAAAGGAAUUGCUGGAAUCGGAAAAACCGUCUCUGUGCAGAAGUUCAUUCUGGACUGGGCCGAGGGAAAAGCCAAUCAGGAUGUAGAUUUCAUGUUUGUGCUUCCAUUUCGAGAGCUAAACUUGAUCCGAGAUCAUCAGUACAGUCUUCACAGACUUCUGCAGGACUUUCAUCCUGAACUUCAAGAUAUGGACCCAAAGAUUUAUGAGGAGUGUAAAGUUGUGUUCAUCUUUGAUGGUCUAGAUGAAAGCAGAAUCACACUGAUGUUUUCAUAUGAACAUAGGGUUUGUGACGUGACUGAGACUUCAUCAGUGGGUGAGUUAAUGUCAAAGCUCUUGAAAGGAGAGCUGCUUCCUUCUGCUCUCAUCUGGAUCACCUCCAGACCAGCAGCAGCCAAUCAGAUCCCUCCCGAGUACAUCAACCGUCUGACAGAAAUUCAGGGAUUCACUGAGCCUCAGAAGGAGGAAUAUUUCAGGAAGAGAAUCAGUGACCAGCAUCAAGCCUGUAGAAUCAUCUCACACAUCAGAAGAACAAGAAGCCUCCACAUCAUGUGCCACAUCCCCGUCUUCUGCUGGAUCUCAUCCACUGUGCUCCAGAAGCUCCUGGAAGAAGAUCUGAGAGCAGAAAUUCCUCAAACUCUAACUGAAAUGUACAUCCACUUCCUGCUGAUUCAGAUCAACAUGAGGAACCAGAAGUAUGAAGAAAGAGAUCCAGAGAAACUUCUGCAGUCCAACAGAGAAGUGAUUGUGAAACUUGCUCAAGUGGCUUUCAGACAGCUGAUGAAGGGCAAUGUGAUGUUCUAUGAAGAGGACCUGAUUGAGAGCGGCAUAGACGUCACUGAUGCCUCAGUGUAUUCUGGGAUUUGCACUGAGAUCUUUAAGGAGGAGUCUGUGAUUCAUAAGAGGAAAGUCCACAGCUUCAUUCAUCUGAGCUUUCAGGAGUUUCUCGCUGGUUUCUAUGUGUUGUACUGCUAUUUAACAAAGAACACAGAGCCAGCGAAGUUCUUUGAGAAAGAUAAACAUGAGAGGUAUGUAUCGGAGGAAAAUUAUUUGUAUGGGCUUCUAAAAUUAGCAGUUGAUAAAACUCUUGAGAUUGAGAAUGGACACCUGGAUCUGUUUCUGAGGUUCAUGCUGGGCGUCUCAUUGGAAUACAAUCAGAGACUCUUACAGGAUCUACUGCCACACACAGAGAACAGCUCAGAGACCAUCAGAGUAACCACACAGUACAUUAAAGAGAAGAUCAAGAUAGAUGACUAUAACAGGAAACUCUCAGCUGAAAGAUCUAUUAAUCUGUUGCUCUGUCUGCUGGAAGUGGAAGAUCAGACUCUGUCCAGAGAGAUUCAGGAGUUUGUGAAAUCAGACAAACACUCGAGGGAGAGACUCUCUCCUGCUCACUGCUCAACAAUCGCAUACAUGCUUCAGAUAUCAGAGGAGACACUGGAUGAACUGGACCUCAUGAAAUUCAACACAUCAGAUGAGGGGAGAAGAAGACUGAUGCCAGCUGUGAUCAACUGCAGAAAAGCUGUUAUUGCUGGAUGUUGGCCUUUUAAUCAGCACUGUGAAUAUGUGUGUUCAGCCUUACAAUCAUCAAACUCCAAACUGAGAGAACUGGACCUGAGUGUAAAUGACCUCCAGGAUUCAGGAGUGAAGCUGCUCUCUGAUGCACUGAAGGAUCUAAACUGUCAGCUGGGAAUACUAAGGCUACAUGAGUGUAAUCUCACUGCUCAGUCUUGUGAUAGUUUAGCAUCAGCUCUACAAUCUUCAAACUCUGUCCUGAGAGAACUGGACUUUAAUAACAAUGACCUGCAGGAUUGUGGAGUACAAUUGCUUUCUCUUGGAUUGAAGAGUCCAAACAGUAAACUGGAGAUACUGAGGUUUUCUUUAUGUAAUCUCACUGCUCAGUCUUGUGAUAGUUUGACAUCAACUCUACAAUCUUCAAACUCUGUCCUGAAAGAACUGGAGAUUAAUAACAAUGACCUGCAGGAUUGUGGAGUACAAUUGCUUUCUCCUGGAUUGAAGAGUCCAAACUGUAAACUGGAGAUACUGAGAUUGUCUUUCUGUAAUCUGACUGCUCAGUCUUGUGAGUGUUUUUCAUCAAUUUUACAAUCCCCCAACUCUGUCCUGAGAGAUCUGGAUCUGUGUAACAAUGACCUGGAGGAUUCAGGAGUGAAGCUUCUUUCUGAUGGACUGAAAAGUCCAAAUUGUCAGCUGGAGAUACUGAGGUUGUCAGGCUGUAUGGUGACGGAGGAAGGCUGUGAUUAUUUGUCUUCAGCUCUGAGAUCAAACCCUUCACACCUGAGAGAGCUAGACCUGAGCUACAAUCAUCCUGGAGAUUCAGGAGUGAAGCUGCUCUCUGAAAAACUGGAGAAUCCCAACUACAGACUGGCCAAACUCAAUCUAAAUCAUGGAGGAGAAUCCCGGAUUACAGCAGGCCUCAAGAAAUAUGCCUGUUCUCUCACACUGGAUCCAAACACUUCAAACACUGCACUCGUUAUAUCUGAGGAGAACAGAAAGGUGACUCGCGUGAGAGAGAAACAGACGUAUCCUGAUCAUCGGGACAGAUUUGAUUACUGGGAGCAGGUGUUGUGUAGAGAGAGUGUGAGUGGACGCUGUUACUGGGAGCUGGAGUGGAGCGGAGAUAGAGGUGUGGAGAUAUCAGUGUCAUAUAAGAGCAUCGGCAGGAAGGGAGGUUAUGAGUGUUUGUUUGGAAAUAAUGAUCAGUCCUGGAGUCUGCGCUGCUCUCCUGACAGAUACACAUUCAUACACAGUAAUUUAAAGACUGUUCUCCCUGUAAAGCACUUAAGCUGUGAAACCGGAGUGUAUGAUGAUGAUGACGAUGAUGAAGAUGAUGAAGAUGAUAUGAGUAGAGUAGGAGUGUUUGUGGAUCACAGAGCAGGAACUGUGUCCUUCUACAGCGUCUCUGACACAAGGACCCUCAUCCACUCAGUCCAGACCACAUUCACUCAGCCGCUCUAUGCUGGGUUCAGAGUUGGUUAUGAAUCAUUAGUCAAACUGUGUUGAUCAAUUAAACAGCAGAUAUUAGUUUUAGCUCCUCAAUGCCUUGUUUUAGUCACAGGAAAAUUGUUUGUUGUUGAAUAUUUUUUGGCAGCUUCUUUGUUGAUGAAAUGAACACUGAAUCUGUACAGACUGACAAGAGAUUGAAGUGAAACGUUACACAUGAAUAGUGCUUCAAUCAAAUGACAGGAAUCAGAAUAAAUGUGUCAUAAAUUU